AUGACCUAGUACCUCCCACACCGUCUGAUCUGAGAUAAGCGAACGACAGUUGCGCUACUGUGCCCUGUGUCGCAGUUAGUGCGCGGUGCGGGCUCCAGAUUCUGUUGAUUUUCUGUCGUAAGAUGUCAAAGCGAAUGAAAGCAGUGAGAUGUCCCACGGACGAGCUCAGCCUCUCCAACUGUGCGAUCAUCAACGCCGACGAUUUCCCUGACGAUGUCAGGCACAUUGAAGUAACCACAACUCCGAAUCAUCACUUUGUAUUUAGUGUGAGAACGCAUCAUGAAAUUCCUCGUGGCACAGUUGGCUUCAGCUUGCCUCAACGGAAGUGGGCGACAUUGUCUCUCAAUCAGGAGAUUGACGUUCGGCCAUAUCAUUUUGAUCCAACUUCUAACACGGAAUGUUUAUGCAACAUUGUUUUGGAAGCCGAUUUCUUGCAGAAGAAAACUGUUACUUUGGAGCCGUACAAUACAGAUGAGAUGGCCAGGGACUUCUUGCUACAGUUUUCAGGGCAGGCAUUCACCGUGGGUCAGCAGCUGGCAUUUCAAUUUAAGGAUAAGAAACUUCUUGGAUUAGUUGUCAAGAGUUUGGAAGCUGCCGACCUAUCAGCUAUCAGUUCAGGACAGAGUACAGUGCCUAAGAAGACGAAGAUGGGACGUUGCUUGGGCGAUUCUAUAAUACAGUUUGAAAAGGCGGAGAACUCCAGCCUGAAUCUUGUCGGACAGUCUAAGGGUAAAGCUGUCCGACAAGCGAUUAUCAAUCCGGAUUGGGACUUUCAGAAAAUGGGUAUCGGUGGCCUGGACAAAGAGUUCAGCGCUAUUUUCCGAAGAGCGUUUGCAUCCCGCGUUUUUCCAACGGAAGUCGUCACUCAAUUGGGCUGCAAGCACGUAAAAGGAAUCUUGUUAUACGGACCACCUGGCACGGGAAAGACGUUAAUGGCUCGGCAAAUAGGAACGAUGUUAAAUUCGAGAGAGCCAAAAAUUGUAAAUGGCCCACAAAUUUUAGAUAAAUACGUUGGUGAGAGUGAGGCUAAUAUCAGAAGAUUAUUCGCUGAUGCAGAAGAAGAAGAAAAAAGGCUUGGACCAAACAGCGGGCUUCACAUAAUCAUAUUUGAUGAAAUAGAUGCCAUCUGUAAAUCUCGAGGUAGUGUAGCAGGGAACACAGGAGUUCAUGAUACAGUGGUUAAUCAGCUUCUGGCAAAGAUCGAUGGUGUCGAACAAUUAAAUAACAUUCUUGUUAUUGGUAUGACCAAUAGGAGGGACAUGAUUGAUGAAGCCUUGUUGAGACCUGGCAGAUUAGAACUACAAAUGGAAAUCAGCUUACCAGAUGAACACGGACGAUUUCAAAUUCUUAACAUCCAUACAUCUAGAAUGAGAGAAUAUAAAAAAAUAGCACCUGACGUAGAUUUGAAAGAGUUGGCCACUUUAACUAAGAAUUUUAGUGGUGCAGAGUUAGAAGGUUUGGUUAGAGCGUCACAAAGUACCGCCAUGAAUCGAUUAAUUAAAGCUUCUAACAAGGUAGAAGUAGAUCCAUCUGCAAUGGAAAAGCUUAUGGUGUCUAGAAGUGACUUCUUCCAUGCGUUGGAACAUGAUGUUAAACCGGCAUUCGGUACAAGUGCUGAAAUAUUAGAUCAGUUGUUAACUCGUGGGAUCAUUAAUUGGGGAAAGCCAGUGGCUGAAAUUCUUGCUGAUGGCAGUUUGUGCAUUCAACAAGCUCGGGCGAACGAAGGAUCUGGGCUUGUUUCUGUUCUUUUGGAAGGACCACCGAAUAGUGGAAAAACGGCGCUUGCCGCACAAAUUGCAAAGAAUUCAGACUUUCCAUUUGUUAAAGUAUGCACACCUGAGGAUAUGGUUGGUUUUAUUGAAUCUGCAAAAUGUCUUUCUAUACGAAAGGUAUUCGACGAUGCAUAUCGUUCACAGCUCAGUUGCAUUUUAGUUGACAAUAUUGAACGUCUACUAGAUUAUGGUCCAAUCGGACCGAGAUAUUCCAAUCUGACAUUGCAAGCGCUUUUGCUGUUGUUAAAGAAAUCGCCGCCACCUGGUCGUAAACUAUUGAUUUUGUGCACUUCCAGUUGCAGACAAGUUUUAGACGAGCUGGGAUUACUUUCAGCAUUUAACACCAUCCUUCAUGUGCCUAAUUUAUCAACCCCUGAUAAUCUGUUGAACGUGUUGGAAGAAGUUGAUCUCUUCACAAAACACGAAAUGGCUUCCUUACAUGGAAAACUUCAAGGAAAACGCAUAUUUGUCGGUAUCAAGAAGUUGCUGUGCCAAAUAGAUAUGGCACGACAAGUGGAACCAAGUUACAGAGUUGCAAAAUUCCUAUCAAAAUUGGAAGAAGAAGGCGGGUUAGAGUAAGACAUGUUUCAUUUCGAGCUCUAUUUUGAGCUCGUAGUAUAGAAAGUCGCGACGAAUGCUUGAGCAUUCUAAAUUCCAAAUGAACUUACGCCUAGAAGAGCUUCAAAAGCGUGGGUUUUUUUCGAGUUUAGAAAGAUAAAGAAUACAUUUUUUGCUCAAGCUAGCGAUUUUGAUCAGCCCAAAAAUGAACGUAUUCACAAAUUGCAGCAAUUUAAAUGUAGAAAUUUAUAGCUUCUGCGUAUAAGUAAAAGAUAUAAUCAGUGAUACCUAGUGAUCUCCUCUGUAUUACAAUGAGUUUCCAUAAUAGGUAGAAAAUAGAUAAUACCAGCUUAUAUUGUGAUGCAUAUCUGAGAGCACAUAAUUAACUUUGUACUGUCUGAAGUACAAGAACUACACUAUUACAGAUAUUCAAACAAGCAUUAUUAAUUUUGUAAAUCACAGAAAUGAAAAAAAAACCAUAUUUUCCUAUAAUAUUUCCAUACAAUAAAUCCUUUUUUUAUGUCAUUAUAAUUUAAUUUAAAUCUGAUUGACUUUAUCACAUCCAAUUUCUUUAUUUUGUAGACUUUUAACGACUUAACGAAUUUAUUCGUUGGGCUUGUGCGCGUUUAGAGGUAAUAAUUUGCCACAAUUUAAACAAAUCCGAUAUUUAAACGAAUAUCCGAUUGUUGCAUAAUAAUGUACAAUUGUAUAGUUACUACAUGGAAAUGUAGCUUUUGCUGCCGUAGAAUUGAUUGCACUCACUGUCAUUUAUUGCUAUUUAGAAGUUUCAGGAUUCUUCAUCUUUCUAAGUUAUAAUCUAAGUUAUAAUUCUAAUUAUAACGUAGACGGAAAGGAAGACAAUUUCUAUGAAUAGCAUAGCACUAGCACAUGAUUGCAAUAAACGCAGCUAUAGAUAAAAAUGAAAGCUGGACGUAUUUCUAUAGUUGUACAUUACGUGAUACAUAUUUAUUCCAGCACAGAUAUUUUUAAAGGGCAGUCUUACUUCUUGAAUACAUCUUGAAUUGUAUAAUGCAGAUGUGAUUCUAGAACAGUGCUUCCUAUUUGUGACAAGGAAUGACGGAUGAAAUAGAUCACUUUUAUGACCUAAAGAGUGAUAAAUUAUACAUGUAAUUUUAUAAUUUUUAAGUCAUUGAAUAUGAUAUCAUUAAUUUUAUUUGUCUACACUGUGGGAAAAUGAUAAAAAUUUAUUUUAAAGGGAUCAAAAUCUUUUCUAAUAAUAAUAUUAUUUGAACAAUGAUAUCUUUAUUUGAAUUAUUUCAUUAUUUGUAUUAUGUUAUAAUUUAUUUUUAUGACUUUUUUAAUUACCAAAAUUGAAAGCCAUAUCAAGAUUAAAGAUUAAGAUUAAACUUCUAAAAUAUUAAAUUCCUUUAAGCCGAGCCGUCAAACUACAGCAAAGUGUCACACGUGUUAAAUAAAAUUAAUAUCAUAUUUAACGACUCGAAAACUAUAAAAUUAUAUAGAAUUUAUGUUACAAAUUUUAGACUAAAAUUGACCUAUUUCAUCUAUCGUCUUUUGUCAUUUUAUUAGAAAAAUGUAAUAUGAGAGUAUAUAUCUAUUUAAGCAAUGUUUCAUAAUGCAAUAGUUAUUAGCAGAUUAAAUAUGUAUUUAGCAAAUAGAAAUAAUUGAUAAAGCAUUUGACCAAACUUUCCGUUAUACAGUAUGUAAUUAUUUUUGUGUAAGAAUAUAAUUAAUUCAAUACUAGUUAAUUAAUAAUUUAGCUUAUAUCUAUAACAUUACUUUUACGUGUAAUAAGGAAAAAACAAUUUAUUUAUUUAAUUAAAUCAAACUUCACUGUACAUGUGUAAUAUAAAAAAAUAUUUUAUUUUAAAUAAUACUAGGAAAUAAAAUAAGAGGAAAGAGGAUGCUCUAAAUAUAAAUAUCUUUUUUUUGUAAGAGAAUAAAAUUUAUAAAAAAAGGAGGCUUUGGCGUGAGACAUCAACGAUAACAAUAAUUAAUAAAUAAAUAAUAAUGACCUUGUAUAUGCUAAAAUUUAUAUAUACAUACAUAUAAAUAUAUAUACAUACAUCAGAAAUAUUAGGGGAAACACUGUUCUAGUUUGUAAUUGAGAAAUCAUUGUUUAUAAGGAUAUGACAGAUGUCAUAUCCUUAUUCAAUUAAAAGUGGAACGCUAGGAUAUCUAUCAUCUUACAGACAAGUGUCAAUCUGUAAGGAUAUGACAGGUGUUAAUAUGCAGCAAUAAACAUAGCUACAAAGAGAUGUACUUGUUAUAUUCUCGUAUAUCGUGUAUUUAUUGUUAAGUGCAUCGGCGAAUGCACAUAUUGUAUAUUGUACGCUAUGUAUAAUCGUGCACAUGUUGAUUCAAUGUUUGUCACUAUACAGUUUGGAAAAAAUGAUAAAAAUAGGUAGAAUAGUUGUAAGGACAGCCGAAUUUUAGUCAAUAUCUGUGUCAAUAUUUCUCCACUAUUUACGACGUGUAUCAACAAAAGAGCAUUCCAAUUAUCGCGUGAAACAUAUUUAUUCUGUUACGAAUACUAUCGUGAAGGACGAUAAAGAGGAGAAUACGUUACAUAUGUGCGUUUUGUAUUCUUAUUUUUUUGUAUAAAUUAAGAGAGAGAUUGAUAUAAUUAUGUAAUUUGUUAUUAGAAUAUAAGUUUCUCUGAAUUGUGAAUUAUUAAUGAAUAAUAUAAGUUUAUUUAUUUGUUUUAUACAAUGCUGUGUUAAUUGUAUCUAUUAUAGCUUGAGGGAUUCAUCGAGCUAAUUAUGUUCAUUAUAUGUGUAUAUGUGCAUAAGAAAGGAAUCAUACGUAUUGCAGGCGUGUUACGAAGAAAUUUCGCUUGUGCAGUAUUUCUUGUAAUAUAAUCUACUUGUCUCUGUAUUAAUCAAUGUGAUCUGCUAUCGAUGCAAGACAAAAAUAAAAUUACCCACGAAUGUAUAGAAGGCCUUCAAUAAUGUGCAUAUCAAUAACAU